AUGUCGCGUCUAGUCCGCUGGAUGCUGAUGCUGGCACUUCUGGUGCUAGUCAUGACGUCGUCCGCCGAGCAACUCCAAGAGAAGAAGCAGAAGAAAGUGACGAGCUUCGUGGACGACAAGAACCUCGAAGCCAACUACCCCCACCUCAUCGGUCGCAUCGAAGGCGGCCAUCACCUCCCCCCCGCCUGGAAACAGAACGUCGCUUCGUUCAUCGGGUACAUUCAAAUGGCUGGGUUUGCCCUGCUGCUCUUUGGCGAGCACAUUUUGUCUGCCCUUGGCCUUCCCGUCGACUUCUACCUCUUCACCCAAAUGCGCGAAAACAAGUUCGUGGCGUUUGGCGUGCUCAUGGUCCUCGGCUCCGUGUCGCAGUCCAUGCUGACCACGGGGGCGUUCGAAGUCUACUUUAACGACGAAUUGGUCUUUUCGAAACUCAAGGCUGGUCGCUGGCCUUCUAUGCAAGAGAUCAACCAGCUGCUGACUGCGAAUGGGUUGGCCAGGCACUAA